CGACCGCCCCUGGUGGCAGAAAAGUGGUGAAUGUUGAAUGUGCAUGCAUGACGCGCCCCAUCCCACCACCAGCAGAGCUUCACGACCAUGAGUAAAUAUGGCACCCUGGUCAUGGGCCCCGCCGGCGCUGGCAAGUCCACCUUCUGCACCGCCCUCAUCCAGCACCUCCAGAACAGCAAGCGCCCAUGCUUCUACGUGAACCUCGACCCCGCCGCCGAGGAAUUCGCCUUCGAGCCCGACCUCGACAUCAAGGACCUCAUCUCCCUCGAGGAUGUCAUGGAGGAAAUGAGCCUCGGCCCCAAUGGCGGCCUCAUCUACUGCUUCGAGUUCCUCAUGGAGAACCUCGACUUCCUCACCGACCCGCUCGAAGACGUCACCGAGGACUAUCUGAUUGUCUUUGACAUGCCGGGCCAGAUUGAGCUGUAUACACACGUACCCGUCCUGCCCAACCUGGUCAAGGUCCUCAUGCAGGGCUCCCUCAACAUACGCAUGUGCGCUGCCUAUCUCCUCGAGGCCACCUUCGUCAUCGACCGACCCAAGUUCUUCUCCGGCACCCUGUCUGCCAUGAGCGCCAUGAUGAUGCUGGAAAUGCCGCACAUCAACAUACUGAGCAAGAUGGAUCUGGUCAAGGGCCAAGUAGCCAGGCGCGACCUCCAGCGCUUCGUCGACGUCGAUGCCGACCUCAUAGACGACGACCCAUCGCGCAAGCCAUCCGACGAGGAAGACAGCAAAAAUUACAGAGACCCAGCUACCAAGGAAAGCCUGAUGAGUGGCUCGGCAUUCCACAAGCUGAACAAGGCGGUUGCGGAGCUCAUUGAUGGAUUCAGCAUGGUCUCCUUCCUCAAACUCGACGUACAGGACGAGGAUAGUCUUGGUGCCAUCUUGAGCUACAUCGACGACGCUACCCAGUACCACGAAGCACAGGAGCCGCGGGAACCAAAGGAGUUUGACGCCGACAUGGAAGAACAGUAGCGUUGCGCUUGCAUUGCAUAGGAGGCGUUCGGGAAUCUAGGUGAUGACGGGUAGCAUUUACAGGCGUUUUGCUGGUAUGACUUGUGUCACAAUGGAAAGAGAGGAUGGAAUGGCAAAGGAAAACUACGAUACCCAAUUCAACCGUCUCACAUUCAUCAGUGCGAACCCUGCUUGAGCCCAUGUAUCCCACGAAUCGCACUACGUACUGCGACAUCGGGGGUCUUGUAUGUGUUUCAAAUCAGGUGUAGAAAGUCAAUGCUUGAAACCUGUCGCGGACUCGGGUACGCUUGGCAGAAACUCUAGGACCACAAAUUUUGAAUCUCUAGCCUGCGAACUAUGUUUCUAAUACCAUCCUUCCAAACGCAUGAUGCGCGUGAGAGCUCAC